UUUGUUGGCUUUUGGUCUGAAAAGGUUCACUUUUUAAAUGCGCCAUUUAAGGCACAUGUCAACGUUUUACUUUCUUUAUUUUUUACCUUCGAUUGUAAUUGCUAGAUUGCCAUUACUAGAGAGAGUUGUUUCAAUGUUAACAAUGAAAAUUAGUUCAUAUGAAGUCUCUGGAUUUGCUGCCUGCAUUUACUUUACAAGUUUAACUACAAUUUCAGGGAAGAAUUUCUUGGAUUGCUAUGAAUUUCUCUUGUUUUCUAAUUGAUCCUCUAGUUUUGUUUGCAUCACUGCAGAUGAUUCCAGGAAAGUUUGCCAGAAAAUUUUGGAAUGAACUUUCUGGUGUUGCUAAAUUGAGAGUUCCCAGCGGCCUUGUUUGGCAAGUGUGGUUGUCAAAAUAUGCCAGAAAAAUUUGGUUCAAGGAUGGUUGGCAUGACUUUGCAGAGUACCAUUCAAUCAAAUUUGGGUAUUUUUUGGUCUUUAGAUAUGUGAAAAAUUCAAUGUUCGAUGUUCUUAUAUUCGAUACAACUGCUUGCGAGAUUCAGUAUCCGUACAAGGUUGCAGAGCCAGGUAGUAAAAAGCAGAAAAUGAGCCAUAAGGAGAGCCCUUCUGAAGCUUCAGUUUGGGGCUCAAAGUCUAAGCAAGGCCAUGAACCACCAAGCAAGAAGAGUGAAAUAGAAGAGGUGAUGCUGAUAGAUGACUCAUCACAUGACGAGAGCGAAGAGUCUUUGAAUUUACUUGAAGACAUGGGAAUCUUUAUUACUGAAAAAUAUAGAAGUUAUGUUUCAGCAGAUGAAAAAAAGAGAGCAAUCAACAUUGCCAGAUUGCUUAAGCUAAAAAAUCCUGCAUUCAUGGUUAUAUUGCGGUCAAUUUACCUCAGAAGACAAAGGCUGUAUGUGCCUAGGAAAUUCGCUAAAAAGCAUUUGACUGGAGAUGUUAAAUCUAUCAAACUACAACUUCCGAAUGGAUCAGAGUGCAUGGUCAAAAUCUAUUGGGGAAAGAACGGUGGUUUAAAUUUAACAGGCGGGUGGGCAGAAGUUGCAAAGACCCUGAACUUGCAGGAAGGAGACAUCUGUAUCUUUGAGCUAAUCAGGAAGAAUGACUUUCUUCUCAAUGUUUCAGUAUUUUAUGCAACGAAACAGUAAAAACAAGCGACUAGUAUGCAUGCUGAAUUGCAAAUUCUUAAGAAUUUCAAAUUUUGAUCUUUUCUGGUUAUCUGACAAAAUAUAAUAUGUUUAGAUUCUCUGCUAAAUUUUGUUGAGAAUCUGUUCAUUAUGUAGUAGAAGCACUCAUACAUGAUUUUGUCUCAUGUCAAGCAGAAAAAAUAGGACUUGAUAUGAUAUGAUGUGUUUGGUUCUGUCCCAAA